CCCAAGUCCCAACCAAAUAAUAAUUCUCUUCUCAUAUUAUUUUCAAUCUUUCUACUUAGAACUCGUAAUAUUACCAUUUCAAACAAAAUUUUAUUAUAAAUUAUUGUUCAAAAAUAGGUGGUAUAUAAAUAAAAAAUAUUACUGCGCUAGGUUGUAUGGAUUUUACAUGUUCCCGUAGAUUUUUUUUUGUCCAUGUGGUUAUUUGCCUACUUUCUUAAUAUUUCCUUCACAUUAUUCUUUCCACGUGUAACCAGUUAUUUGUUACAUUUCCAUUGCACUUCGGGAGUGGGCUUUUUGUAUUUUGUAUAUUUUGUAUUAGGUGGCUUUCUUUUGUUCUUAAUAAAGCGCAACAAUACAAAAAAAAAGAUAAAAAACAAAAGAUAAAAAAAAAUAUCACUCAUGAUCACUAUCAUAUCCUGUCUACAAGUUAUCAAAUUCUAAUGGAUAAGUUAGAGAAUCACGUAAAAAUGAAAAUUAGUGACCAGAAUAAUAUAAACGAAGAAAAUAACUUUUGACAAGCAAUCUCUUCCUGCUUUCUUUUUGGUAUUAUAUAUCAUUUCGCAAUAUUUUUAUACUUCAAUAUUAAAUAAUAAAAGAAUGUAGUAGACAAGUGUUGUUCUACUGCAAAGAGAAAGUGAAAGUGUAUUUAUUAUUAUUUAUAGAAUAUAAAUUAUAUAUACUGUACGUGAUAAAUUUAUUAAUAUAUUAAAAUCAUUGAA